CGCGCAGCUCUGGCUCCUCGCUUUCCCGAGCGUGGAAGGGCCUGGCUGCAGCGGCGGCCGGCCCUCGCCCUCCUUCUCUGGAGCGGGCGGAGUCCAUACUUCCGCGGGGCGGGGUCUGCCCAGUGCUGACGUUGGCAGCCGAACCCGAACUAGUUCGAGGUUGCCGGCUGCACUGUCGGGUGGUUGGACUCUUUCCUCCCGGUCCUGCGGCCCUCUCUCUCCGGCGCGCCGCCCCUCGGUUGCUCAGACCGCUGUGAUCGGAGGUUGCCGGUGCUCCAGCGCUCGGCGUCCCGGCCCAGUGGCCGUAGGCGGCGUAGGCACCGCGAGCCGAGCCUCCCGGUGGCCCGGGAACGGCAAGCGAGCGAGUCCGAGAGGUUCUUGGGGCAGGUGGCGCCGCGAAGAUGGUCGCCAAGCAGAGGAUCCGUAUGGCCAACGAGAAGCACAGCAAGAACAUAACUCAGCGCGGCAACGUCGCUAAGACCUCGAGAAAUGCCCCCGAAGAAAAGGCGUCGGUAGGACCCUGGUUAUUGGCCCUCUUCAUUUUUGUCGUUUGUGGAUCUGCAAUUUUCCAGAUUAUUCAAAGUAUCAGGAUGGGCAUGUGAAGUGACUGACCUUGAGAUGUUUCCAUUCUCCUGUGAAUUUUAACUUGAACUCAUUCCUGAUGUUCGAUGCCCUGGUUAAAAACAAUUCAGUAAAUCACCCUGCCUCAGAAUGACUUUUUCAUAUCAACCUUCAUGUGUCAUUCCAAGGUUUCUUCAAGAGUCAUUCCAGGUUUGCUAGUCCAUGCCACAGUGCCUUGCAAAAGCACCACAUGAAUAAAGCAAUAAAAUUUGAUUAUUAAGUUCCAGUAGUAGACCAUACUUAUUCAGUACAGAAUGAGUUUUAUGUGGUUAUUAAAACUUAUGACUAAUUAGAUUAAAUCUGUGUAGACAGGGUAUAGAUUUUGUUAACCCUAAUGUGUAAAUGCAAUUAGCUAAUUUAAAUUUUGGAAACUUAAGGUUUUAUAUAGCUAGGCACUUUACUACUCUUGGAUUGAAAAAGCACACUCCAUUAUAGGGACAUGUAACUAUCCUAUAAUCAGGUGCUUAUAAAUGGACAACUACACGGCCUAGUUUUACCACAAUCAUUGUCACCUAAAUUUUUUUAAAAACUCCUAGGGCAUAUGUAAGUGGAGAUGCUCACUGCUGCAUCUGUUUCUAAUGAUAAUGUUUCUGUUACACAGCCUUGAGUUUUGCAUGAGUAAGUAUAGUCACCUAGGAUCCCAUUUGAGACUGGGUUGAGCAUUUUGUAACUUAAUCAAAGUGACUGCAGUUUCACUAAAAGCUAUCAUGGUGAGAUGAAAUUAGGGGUGGUUUGCUGAUGUCAUACAGAUCAGAAUUAACAAGGGGUUUACUGUGUAGAAAAAAAGUUAAGGGGGAAAGUCUACAAGAAGUAAAUACCUUGUCAAAAUAUGUGGAAUCCUGUGUGCCAUAUGAUAUCUUAGCAUGUGAAUUGCACUUUUAAUACCAAAAAGGCACAUCAACUAAAAAGUUAUGAUUGAAAUGCCCUUAGGGUUCUAGGUAUGUCAACCUAAACUAGCAUUUGGAGUUAAAUGAAUUUACUGAUAAGGAUCAGUCUAGUCUUCCUCUGUAUGACUUAGUAGGUUGUGAUUGGUCAGAUUUCCUUUUUACUAACGGUAAGGGUGAGAGUGAUGAGGCAGGUUUGAGGUUUUCUGGUACUAUUGAAAACUGCAAGUCCUGACUAUGCACUUAGCCAGAACUUGGUGUAGACACCAAGCAAUAUCUGUGUAUGAAUUGGAAGAAGCCUGCUUAUGUUUGCUUUGUUCUUUGCCUCAGGAGAUCUCUUUUGAAAUAAGCUGUUUUCAAAGGAACAGAAGGGAAACUUGCUACCUGUUCUGAGAGCAGUGUAAACCUCACAGGACUUUGGAUCCCCUCAGAUGUAGAGGAGAAUGAAGGAAAGGAGUAGUUAGGGAUGCACAGGAAAUUAUCUGUCUCUGAUCAGGAAAGAAAGCUGGCUAUGGGUCUGCAGGGGCAUGACUGAUGGUUGUCUGCCUCUUUUCACCCUGUAAGUGAAUCCCUGAACUGGAUUCACUGAAGCAAGUCUUGGUUAACUAAUUCUAUUUUACUAUAACUUUAAAAGUGAAAAAUAUUCUCUAAAUUUAUAGCAGGUGCCUUAUUUCCUUUGAAUCAAAUCAUUCCAUACCAGAAUUUCCCUUGGUUUACUAUAGAUAAUUGGCUUUAAGGUACUUUUGUUUUGAAACAUACAGUGUUUUAAUUGAUUUGUUAAAUUGCUGUAGCCAUCAAUCAUUUCACAUUUGUAAAAUUACAUUCCCUUUGUAUCAUGUAAUUUGCCUAUUCAGUGCAUUUUAUAUUCAGGUUGGGUUAUGCAUAUUUGGGUCAAUGAAAGUUGUGUCUGUUUGAUUUAUGCUUUAAAAAUAAAGUUCCCUGGAUAUUUGA